ACGAAAAAGAGCACAGAGAAACUCUCUGGGCCGUGUCUCAGCUGGAUUACGAAGGCUCAGAUUUAUGACAACUGCCAGCGAGCAUUUAUCCUGCCCCGCCUCUCACCCGCAUCGAGGGAAAGAAGAAAUAUCCACAACAGUCAAGAGGCAUUAUUUUAAUGCUUCGCUCAGGACUUCUGCUGCCGGCGACGUUCUCGCCCUCAGCAACGGCAAAGCGGGGCGGCGCUGAGAGCGUCCUUCACGAUGGAACUCUGCGCCCCUCCUGGAGCACAGACGAGUUUCAGCUGCCGGGGGCUCGGAGCGCAAAGUGCUCUGCAGGAGCCUGGACGAGCAUGGGUUCAGGAAACGGCGGACUGCGCCAUUCGACCAAUGGCAAACAAACCACCUCAAUUCCCAAAACACGAAGAGAGGCCGAGGCCGAACUGUGCGAGUCAUAUCUACCGUCAGGUUUGGAGUAAAAUAUCAGGAUACUCGUCAUCGACAGCGCCGCGGGGCACAGCAGGGAGCUGGUCGCAAGGCGGUCACGCAGCCGUGGACGGAAAUUCAUCGACGAUUCGGAGACAUCGAUCGCUCCAGGGGUCAGGACAUGGGGCAGCUUCGGCCAAGACCUCUAGGCCUCCACUCAGUGCCCCACGACGGCAAACCUCAAACACUAGAACCACUGGACCGCAGUCAUCCAGCUCACUUUCCCACCUGACACUUGUAACGGCGAGGGGAGAGGAUGUUGGAUGCAUGUGCGGAUUCGCCAGAGAUCUCGCACGCGGCUGGCGGCGCCCUUUUCCUUGUGGUCCCACCUCCUCUCGUUACGAGAAACGGGGCCUGGCCUCGGCGCCGUUGCUGGUUUCCAACGUCGCCGGGGGGUGCUCUCCGGACAUGUGUGUGUGUCGGCCUAAAAAAAGGUUCAGGUUUCCCGCGUCUCACAGAUAGCCCCUCAUCAUCCUGACUUCAUUAUCCUGGGCAACCCCUUCCCGGUGGCCCCUUGUCGAACAUAGUCGACGUCCAGACUCCCACCGCUGUGUUUGUGACUUAAUAAUAAUUCCCCUCCCGCCUCCCGCCGCACUGCAGGUUUGAACGGUUUCCCCUCCCCUCCUCCUGCAGCCGGUUUUCCAGCAC